AUGGGAGUUUCAAGAAGUAAACUUAAAAUUUUGAGGAACAUGGCGUGGAGAUCGCACGGCGAAAGUAACAGUGACCUGCUCGAUCAGCUCAAAAGUACGGAGAUAUAUGAUUUAUCUUGCUUGGUGUUGAAUUUAACUUUUUUUCUUCCCUUGAUUUUAGUCCAUGAAGUGUUGAAAAGCAAAAGGGUCGAAGAGGCUCUGAGACGAGUUGACAGGAAACAUUAUUGUCGAAAUCGAGCAUUUGAAGAUUCUCCACAACCAAUAGGUUGGUAUGAUUAUUUGCCACGUUAAUCGACUGAAAAGAGAUGUGUUUAUGAAUUCUGAUUUUCAACGUAUUUGUAACGACGCAAAUAGAGUAGUGAAACCUGUGGAAAUCAUUUGUUUAUGUUGUGUUUUACGUGACGAGUUGGAUAGAUUUUCCAACAGUUUGCUAGAUUGCAUUCGUUUUACACAACUAGAGAGACAGAAAGAGAGAGAGUUAGCGUAGAAAAAUAAAUACAUACACAAAGGGGUUGGAUUCUGAACCCUUCUUGAUCAGAAAAUGAAAAAUUUAACGUUGACUGUAUGACUCAUUUUGCUCUUGUUUUGUAGGUUAUCAAGCAACAAUUAGUGCACCACACAUGGUAAAUAGUGUGUGAAUAAAAUAGUAAUACCAGAGCCUGCAGUGCACUCUGCAACAUAAAUAGGAGAAUAUGGUAACCCAUCCACCUGUUGAAAUUUGGUUAAGGCAUUGUAACAAUGUGGGUCUAUAUCAAUCAAGUAAACCAGACUUUAACACUGGUAAAGUGUCUGAAUUCAAACCUCAAACUAAAUCAUUUGAGAUAAGCUAUCAACAGCCUGAAUUUGAACACUUGGAAGACUGUUAAAUUGGACUAUCAACUGUAAUGUUCUAUUUACUGAUGUUUUUUUUUCUUCCAUAAAUGAUCUUACAGUUUGAUUUAUCACUGGCAUAGUAGUAGGAAGUUCAGUUUUGUCUGUAAUGAUACAAUAUUAUUCCAAAAUGAUCAGCAAUCAUCAUGGCUUUGUUUCAAAUUUUGCUUCCUUUGAUUUCCGAGUGAUCAAUAAUAACAUAUAUGUAAGAACAAUGAUCAGAAAUUUAUGUAAUUUUGUGAAAAAGGUGUAUAGAUAGUCAUGAUCAUUAAAUGAGAUAGCUACUUCUUGGGUAUCUAGUGUUUUUAAAUCAACUGAUAGUUACCAGCCAGACAAAAUCAGAGCUAGGUUCGGUUACUGAUAUUUCUACUUACUGCAAGUUACAUGUAAUGUUGUUACAGCAUGUGUAUGCACUACAACAACUUGAGGGUCAUCUCAAAGAGGGUGCUUGUGCUUUAGAUGUUGGUUCAGGGAGUGGCUAUCUCACAGCUGCUAUGGCUUAUAUGGUGAGUACCAAUUAGUAUUAACAUGCUCAUGUAUAGCAAGAAAUUGAGAAUUUACUAUUGUCCAUCAUUUUUAUCUAUUUGUGAAACAUUAACUCCAUUAUUAUCUGUAUCACUAUCAUUAUUGUAUCAGUACUCUAGAACUGUGACUGUGGUAUUAAAUUGGCAAUAGAGACAACAAGACAACUUGGUUUAAUCAACUCAGUUAAUAAUGUAAAUUUUCCUCCAUAAGGAGGUUCUAAAGCUGAUAUGUCGGUGUUGGCCCUAGGUUAGAUCUCAUUCCUUCCCAUUUUUUAAAUAAGUAAAUCAACUUUAUUUGACAAGAGUAUCACUUAACAGUUAUUCAACUGAGAAACUAGUGGCCUCAAUCCUUUGAAACUUCAGGUUGGAGAAAGUGGAAAGGUUUAUGGAAUUGAUCAUAUUGAUCAGCUUGUCAAAGAUUCUUUGGCUAAUAUUAAAAGAGGGAAUCCUGAACUUCUUGAAAAGGGCAGAGUCAAAAUUGUCUGUAAGUGUUUCAUUUUCUUGCAUGAGUGUGGCUGUAGAAAAAUGUAUCCAAAUCCACAGUUGCUGAAGGCUGCAUGUCACCCCAAUUGAAAAUUGCAUUUGUUCCAUUUACUGCAGCUGGUGAUGGGCGCAAAGGUUAUGAACCUGGGCAACCCUUCGAUGCAAUACAUGUGGGAGCAGCUGCAGCAGAAUUACCAUCUGCUGUGAGUAGAAGUUAAACUUAAAUCUUAAAUUUAACAUGAACCCCUCUUUGGUAAAUGUGGAUAUGUGAUUUGUAUACCACAUUUACAGUAGUUUCCUCGACCCUUUAACUCCCUUUGUGACCAAGACAGAAUUUUUCUUAGCAAUAUCAAUACAAUAUCAAGUAGACAACUAACGCACAGCAUUACACAGCAUUCUUUGAAAUAAAUUAACUUUUAGUGAAUGAUAUUCAUUUAUUUUGAUAUAUAUAUACAUUUUUUUACCCCAAGCUUCUAGAGCAGCUUAAACCAGGAGGUCGUCUUAUUUGUCCUGUGGGAGCAGAAGGGCGGAAUCAGGUUCUUGAACAGCAUGAUAAACUUGAGGAUGGCCAAAUUAUGAAGAAGAAUCUGAUGGGUGUCAUCUAUGUCCCACUCUGUGAUAAAAAACACCAGUGGCCAGGUUGUAAGUGUCUUAAAAUUUUAUGGCUGUUUCUUAAACUGUUUGAUUUUUGUUCAUAUUAUGUCCUUUUGCAUGUAUGUGUUCCAAUGGACCUACAAUCUUAAGAUAAAUUGAAAGAAAUUACUGUUUUCAGUCACUGAGUUGAAGGGGAGUCAGCUGGCAUAGAUUUGCAAACUGCAUAUGCAUUUUGACAUCCUUGAUAGAAAACUAGUGACUUCUGGCUGAAAGGGCCUUAGCCUGUGUUGGUUUGUCAAUCAAAUAUGAAAGUGUAUACAGGCAACACUGGGUUACAUGAGAGCUGUUUAUUCCAGCACAGUUUAUUAUGAUCUCUCAAUUUGCUCUUCUCUUUUUCUAUUUUUAGAGUUCUAAAUAAAAGAAAUAGGCUACAAGUGGAUUUUUAAGAAAGCCAAUAGCAUAUUUCAGGCUUUAAUGCUAGUUUUGUCUGUAACUUGUUACUGUUCAAGCAUUGUUAUCAGCAACAUAAAAUCUUAAACAGAAGUUCUCUUCAGUGAAAAGUUGUGCAUACUUUAGUAUGAAAGGUGAAAAGGAAGAAUGAACAAUUUCUUCAGAUGGUUUAAGCGGAGGAUCUUUUAAAUAGAAACCAUACUGAAAAGUGGAUUUUUAUCACUAAGAUAUUUGUUAUUUGUCUAGUUGUCAAGAAGUAGGUAGACAUUAUCAUUAAAAGUUCAACAACAGCUUACACUGGUGUACACGCGUUUGAGGGAUCAUUGUUCAUACCUUCAUCUGUCAACUGAGGCUAACUUCCCCCUCCAAUGUCCAAAGUUGAACCCAUACAGAGUGCUUAUUGUGGUUGAUAGUCAUGCACUGAAGAUCGUUGACUUUGCAGCCGAAGUCACGAAACCAAAACACAGGUCUUGCGAUCGAUCAAACAUAUCAGAUGGAAUAUCACACCCUUAAUGGUUUCAAAAAAAGAACAGCAGACCUUAGAAAUAAUGUAUGAAUGCAUUCAUAUCAUACCGGAAUCAGAACAAAAAGGUCAUAUUCAAGACAGCCGUU